AGUGGCCCAGACAUCAUGUCCCAGCUGCUUUAUUUUGGCCAAAUUGGUAAACACGACGCUGAGAGGUUACUGGGCAAAUAUGGCAAAGAUGGAAGUUUUCUGUUGAGAGACAGCCAAAGUGUUCAGGGAGCUUUGUGUCUUUGCGUCAGAAAAGCUCCAUUUGUCCACACAUACAGGAUUGCUCACUCACCCCAAGGAUGGGCAGUUGAGGCCGAUAACUCAGAGAAGCUGGAGUGGUUCCAGUCACUGGAUAAGCUGAUUGCAUGCUACAGAAAACUGACCCCCAGUAACAUGGUUCCUCUUCUUUUCCCUUUUGAGAAGAGAUGCAUUGAAAAGGUGGAGAAGCAAAACUCGGAAAAACCGUUCUACAUGGAGAUGUGAUGUGAUGACGAUAUGUGACCCUCCAGUACCUGAGAGAAACAGAAUUUACGUUGUAUAUGUGUCUGUGUGGGAGUGUAUAUAGAAUGUGUGUCUGUGUGUGAGUGUAUGUAGGCAUGUGUAUGUGUGUCUGUCUGUGUGGGAGUGUGUGUAGGCACGUGUAUCUGUGUGUGUGAGUGUGUGUAGGCAUGUGUAUGUGUGUCUGUCUGUGUGGGAGUGUGUGUAGGCUCGUGUAUCUGUGUGUGUGAGUGUGUGUAGGAUGUGUCUGUGUGUAUGUAAAUGUGCAGGAACAUGUGUCUGUGUGUGUGUGAACAUUUUGUAUGGAUUGGACACUGUUUUGAAAUAUGAGUUUGUAUUCUGUCUUUAAUUUUGUUUGAUUGGUGCAUUUUUUUUGCUUCCAUUGUGAAACAAUAAGUGAAACAAACCUGAUGCUGUAAGUGAAGCCGCUAAACCCAUUUGUAAAACUAACCCUGCCAAGCUCUGUCUAGUAUUUUAUGGGUACAAAUUUCCAGACACACUUUAAAAUCUUUUGAAAAGCAUUUCCAAAAGAGUGGAGGCUGUUACAGCUGCAAAAGAUCCACAUUCCUUUAGAAAGAAAGUGAACAAACAA